GGCAGCCAUCUUGGUCAACACCCACCCUGCGUGCAUCGCUAGCCAAUCCAAUUAACCGUAGCGGAGGGAGCCAUACAUGUGUGUGCAUACUCAGUGUGUGUGUCAGUGUGCUGAGCAGAGACAGGGCUGUGUGAUUCCAGUAGCGCCGCUGAGGAGCCCAGCGAACAGCGCCCAAAUCCGUGUUGGCCCAUUCUGUGCUGAGACACGACAGAGCAAGAGAGGGAGAGAGGCAGGGCAAGCCCUUUAUUUCACACGCGGGGGUUUCUACUUGCUCAUUCACCAGAGGAGAACAGCCACAGCAGCAGCAGCACCACCAUCACCCGUGAGCACACCAGUAGGCGCAGCAGUGGAAGACAAGGAGAAGAGGGGGGAGGUGCAGACAGCACAAGCCGAAUCCGAAGAAGAAUAGCAUCCCUAUCUGAGUCCUGCUGUUUGCCUGUUUUUUUUCUCCUCCUCCUCCUCCAUCCAUUCCCCGUGUUGCUCUUUGUUUUCCUCUCGUGUUUUUUUCCCUCCGCUCUGCUGAUUCACUGGUGCUGUUGGAGACGACAGGCAGAGCGUAAAGAAUUCUCCUCUCCUUCCUCCUUCCCCCCUCCUCCUCCUCCUCCUCGUCUUACUCUUCUUUAUUUUCUGCUAUUCUCUCUGGAUUUUUUUCCCACUUGUUUUUUUGGAGAGGUGCCUGGCUUGGUUUGGGUGAGCAAGCGAGGAGGGGACCUUUUCCUGGAAUCCGUGGCGGCGGUGGCGUUGUUGUUGUUAUAGUAGCAUCAGCUGAGUCAUCAUCAUGUCCGACCUGACGCCUCAGAGCGACGCCCCAACCCCCACCACCGACAAGAUCACGCAGGCCGCCCGCGAGACCAUUUACCUCUGCAACUUCCGCGUGUCCGUGGACGGAGAAUGGCUGUGUCUGCGCGAACUCAACGACAUCUCCCUCACGCCCGACCCCGAGCCGGCCCACGAAGACUCAUGGGAGGAUUUCACAGAUUUGGUGGAACAAAUGCGCUUGCUUGAUGAGUUUAAAGAUCCCAAGGACCCUAUCGCCAUCGAGAGGCUCAACCUGAUGAACAUGGCUAAGCUGAGCAUCAAGGGCCUGAUUGAGUCGGCGUUAAACCUGGGUCGGACGUUGGACUCCGACUACGCCCCGCUCCAGCAGUUCUUUGUGGUGAUGGAGCACUGCCUCAAACAUGGACUUAAAAGUAAGAAGACCUUCCUGGGACAGAACAAGUCAUUUUGGGGUCCGCUGGAGCUGGUGGAGAAGCUGACACCUGAAGCUGGAGAAAUCACAGCCAGCGUGAAAGACCUGCCUGGACUCAAGACCCCGCUGGGCAGAGGGCGCGCUUGGCUAAGGCUGGCCCUCAUGCAGAAGAAGCUGUCCGACUACAUGAAGACCAUCAUCAACAGGAAGGACCUGCUAAGUGAGUUCUAUGAGGCCAAUGCUCUGAUGAUGGAGGAGGAAGGAGCAGUGAUCGCUGGGCUGCUGGUGGGCUUGAACGUGAUCGACGCCAACCUCUGCAUGAAGGGAGAAGAUCUGGACUCACAGGUGGGGGUUAUAGAUUUCUCAAUGUAUCUGAAGGAUGGCGGCCACAGUAGCAAGAGCACAGAAGGUGAUGGACAAAUAACAGCCAUUCUAGACCAGAAGAAUUAUGUGGAGGAGCUGAACAGACAUCUAAGUGCGUCAGUCAACAACCUCCAGGCCAAAGUAGACGCCUUGGAGAAGUCCAACUCCAAACUCACAGAAGAGUUGGCGGUAGCAAAUAAUCGUGUGAUCACCUUACAAGAGGAAGUGGAGCGGAUCAAGAUCGAGGGCUUCUAUCCUGCAGACAAGGUCCCCAGAGCGGAUGGCAGUGCAGAGGGCCAGGUGCUGGGGGAAGCUCGCAAGCAGCUCAAGGAGGAAACCCAACUAAGACUGGAUGUGGAGCGGGAGCUAGAGGUGCAGAUCGGCAUGAAGCAGGAGAUGGAGCUGUCCAUGAAGAUGCUGGAGAAGGACAUCUGCGAGAAGCACGACGCCCUGGUGGAGCUGCGCCAGCAGCUGGAUGACCUGCGGACGCUCAACCACGAGCUGCAGCACAAGUCGCAGAGUGCAGAGUCCGGCUCCAAACAGAAGACCGAGAUCAUCAGUCGCCUGGAGGAGAAGACCAACCAGAUGGCCGGCACCAUCAAACAGCUGGAGACCAGUGAGAAAGACAUGGCGAAGCAGGCCAGGAGUCUUAGCUCCAACGCAGGGAAACUGCUCCAAAAGCCCCAAUAGGCCUCCCCCGAGUCGCCCGUUGCAUAUACGAAACAAGAUCUGACCUUCCGUUUUGAUAUUUUCAUUUCCAGUCUUGCACAAUAUACCGUAGAACCAACUAGGUAGUUUUUUCUUUCAUUUUCAAGAUAUAACAAACAAGAAAACAAUCUGUCGCGGUUCCUUUUUCUUUUACAAAUGGACUCCAAUGUACAUUCUCCUCUGCGGACUAGUCUGUCCAGCUGCAUCUGCUUUUAUUAUUGUAAUCUGAACGGGCUCCUGUAGUCUCUGCACUGCUGUUUCUCUGAGAUUGAGCAGAGCACUUAGCGUAGCGGUGAUUGCGCUUCAUCCGUGCAACAGCAUGGCUGCAGACCAGGCGUCUAGGCCCGGUUUCUGUUGGUCCAGGGGCGAGCGAGGCUACAGUGAACAGUUGGAGGUUCAUGUAUUUGAAAUAAUGGCAUUGAAUACCAAAUGUGUAAUCCCCUGCUCUCUCUCUCCCCAUUCAUACAAAGCGCCCGCUAACAAAAGGUGUUGUGAGAUAAGCUUUGAGUUUUUUUUUUUAUAUAUUUUUUUUUCCAUAUAUAUCCUGUUCAGCAUUGGGCUUGUUUUUGUUUUACCUAAUCCUGUUUCAGCUGGCGAAUGAACGAUUUUGAAUUGGCUCUGCAGAGAUUCAACCUUAAUUGGUCGAUCGGUGUCGUCGGAAUUUCAGAUCAUAUUUCUCCAUAGGCUCCAAUACACAGUUUGUGCUGCUGCUGGACAUCAUGUUAGCGCUUGCCUUUAUGAUUUCAGACUACAGUACCCAUCAUUCCAAGUGAAGUGAAGUGAACCUGAAGAAGGUGCUAUUGAGCCGCUAGUUGGAGCGCUGCCGUGUUUGGUUUAGGUGUGGAGUGCGGCAGACCUAGCGCGUCCCAGAGCUAAGCGUGUUACUUGAUUGACGAUAAUGAAAUUACAUACUCAGGAGGAAAUUGAGGUUGUGGCGACCUAUUUUGGUUGAGAAUCAUGUGCCUGAAAUCACCUCAUCUGUACAUGAAGUGUUAAGACCUGCAGACAGAUGUUGAUGGAGAGAGAGAAAGAUGGAAUUUGAGAGAGAAAAGUGAAAGAGUCAGAGAGAAAGCGAGAGAUGGGGAGAACAGAAGAGAGGGGAAGGAGAGAAGAGAGGGAAGCAGAAACCGAGGAUGACUCACGAGCCACAGAGCUGCAGGACGUGUCCAGAACUGUCCAAUUAAAAAAAGAAAAGGCUUUAUGGUUUCUAUGAAAGUCAAAGAGUUUGGAUGGAGUUGCUUGCAACAUAUAGGAACCAUUAAACUUUUAUGUGGACUAAACAUAGAUGUAAAACUGUAGUUUCAAAAAACAAAAGAAUAGCAUAAUAAAACAAAUAAAUCAAAA